CUCCCCUUCAUCACCGCGCGCUCGAGCCAUGCCGCGCGCACCCAGGUCCACCGGAAAGACGCGCCACGACCCGCUCCUCGUCCAGCUCGACGAGGACGAGACUGAGGCAAAAUACGGGCGCAUAUCAGCACCGGGCAGGCGCAAGAAGUCGAGGAAGAGUCGCGACGGAGAUGAGCCUGACACCGAUGCUAUCCUUGAUCCCAAGACCUCGCGCCGUAUCUUCGAGCUUGCGAAGGAUCAGCAGGAUGAGCUCGAGGGCUCGGACGACGAUGCGGAUGACAUGCAGGAUGAACCUCAGAACUUGCAGCCACGGACCCCAGUAGCCUUCGAUGAGGACGACGACACAGGCUUUGACGAUGCAGAGGACGCAGGGGACGUCGAGGAGAUCUUCGAAAUUGACGAAGGGGACAUGCAGACACUGGACGCGCUCCUUCCCCCCAGCUCUGGAGAGCGCAAAACACUCGCCGAUCUCAUCUUCGCCAAGCUGGACAGCGGAGAGACAGAAGAAGGCGGCGUAGUGCGAUUCAAAACGACAGCCCAGCAAGAUCCGGACCACCCCGAUCCUGCUCUGGGACUCGACCCCCGCGUCGUCGAGGCGUAUAACAAAAUGGGCAUCUUCCUCUCCAAAUACAAGUCCGGCCCGCUCCCCAAGCCCUUCAAAAUCAUUCCCUCCCUCCCUGCCUGGGCCCGCCUCCUCGCGCUCACGCACCCGGAGAACUGGACGCCGCACGCGUGUCGGGCUGCGACGCGCAUAUUCGUCUCUUCGAUGAAGCCCGCGCAGGCGCAGCUCUUCUUUCAGGUCGUGCUCUUGGAUGCGAUCCGGGAGGACAUCCGGGAGAACAAGAAGCUGAACCCGCAAUACUAUGAGGCGCUGAAGCGCGCGAUGUUCAAGCCGGCGGCGUUCUUCAAGGGGUUGUUGUUCCCGAUGUGUGAGCAAGGCUGCACGUUGAAGGAGGCAGCGAUCAUGGCGUCUGUGCUGUCGAGAGUGAAGAUCCCAGUGCUGCAUGCAGCGGCAGCGCUGCAGAAGAUCGCGGAGAUGGACUACACUGGUCCAAACUCCCUCUUCAUCCGCGUCCUCCUGGACAAGAAGUUCCAGCUGCCCUACCAGGUCGUCGACGCCAUGGUCUUCCACUUCAUCCGCCUCUCGAACACGUACAAGUCGCGCGGGCGAGGGGACGCGCACAGGCUACCGGUGCUGUGGCAUCAGAGCUUGCUAGUCUUCGUGCAGAGAUACGCCUCCGACCUCACCGCGGACCAAAAGGACGCCCUCCUCGACGUCAUCCGCGUCAACCCGCACGCGCAGAUCUCGCCCGAGGUGCGCCGCGAGAUUGUGAACUCGGUCGAGCGCGGGGCGCCAAGGUCGGAGGGGGACGGGGAUGUGGAGAUGGCGUGAGGGGAUGGGGAGAUGGCAUUAUCUACUGUAUUCAGUUAUUGCAUGUAUCAGUUUUACGCUCAUGGCGUCGUAGAGGCCUGUUUGUUUGAAUCCGGACAGCGCAAGAUCG